GAUAUUGUAAAACAUUAAAAACGAAUAAAAAUGCGAUAUAAGGAAGAAAUAAGUAUUUUCCAACGUUUUGAUAAAUUAAACAGCUGUGCAAACUGUACUAAUAAUUGAAAACCGGAAAAAUCAAUAUAUAUUUUAAUUAAAAAUUACUAUAAAACCGUGAAACUUGUAAAGAUAACGUGGUAGCAAUAGCUUUUUUGAACCGAGUUAAAGGUAAAUAAAAAUGAAUGGUGUUGUGUCUGAGGGAGUUGCUGAACAGAGUGAUUCGCAACCCAGCCAUUCCGUUAUGGCAGAGCCUUUGCAUAUACAACGUUUGGAACAGGUAUUAGAUAUGCGACCGUUUAUGGUUUAUGCUCGUGAAAUAAUGGGGCGGCCAUUAAGCAGCGACGAAGAAGAAGAACUAGAAUCCGUUGCUGAAGAUUCCGAUGAUGAAUAUGUUGAACCAAAAUUUAAGAAAAUUAGUAAUAAGAAGAAGAAAAAACUGACUAAAUUAGGCACAAAGGAAGAGCGUCAGGCGGUUAAAAUGCAGCUGUACAAUUUCAAUGAUUUAACUGCCGACCGUGAAUGGUUAUACGAUGUCUUGCUGAGUGAUACUGAUACCGAUACAGAAAUCAGUGAUGAAGAUGAAUACGUCAGAGAGAUGAUAAAGGCUCAUGUUCGUCAACAAAAGAUGAGAGAGAACUUUUACAAAAAACCUACGAAUACUCAAUAUGCUUAUUAUGGAGCUGGAUUUCUAUCUAACCAUGACAUGUACCCCGAGCAUCAGCAGUCUAUCGUUGGCGUUCGUAAACGCCGUAGACGUGGGAAAAAAGAGAAACCGAUGAAAUUACCUCCCUUAUCCAAACCUGUUAACAAAGAGCCAAAAGCACGUAAACCUCGCAAACAAAAGCAUAAGCCUCUAAUGGAUGAACCAGAGCCGGGAGAGGUGGACCCCGAAGAUCUAAAGCAUUAUGCUUAUGCUGAUACAACGGCUAAUGAUGAAGACGAUGAUGUAGACGUGCAAUCAGAUGAUUUAGCUGAUUCUGCAAUGGUUUUGGACUCUCACGGUUUGCAAUCGGGUGCUCUGACUUACCAACCCAGUAGAGGUCGUAGACGAAAAAGUCAGCAGGGUGUCUUACGCACACCCGAAGUAAUGGCAGCACGUCGUAAACGCGUAUGGCAGCUAAUGGCUAAAAAAGAAUUAGGCCGCUGUCAGCGUGCGAAGCUCAACAAUCAUAAAGAAAUGGUACAAAAUUGUAAACGGGUAGCCACUAUGUGUAUGAAAGUUGUGCGGCAGCGCGCUAUGCACUCGCAAAAGGUUAUGAAAGAGACAGUUUGGCGUGCUAAGCGCAUGUCGCGGGAAAUGCUAGCCUACUGGAAACGUUACGAACGUGUAGAGCGAGACACACGCAGGCGCAUGGAAAAAGAAGCCGAAGAGCAACGAAAAAUGGAUGUGGAACUUAUUGAAGCUAAGCGUCAACAAAGAAAAUUAAAUUUUCUUAUUACCCAAACAGAGUUAUAUGCUCAUUUCAUGUCUCGUAAACUUGGUCAGGGAUCAGAAGCCGAACAAUUACGAAUCCUCAAUCAAUUAGACGAGGAAGCAAAUCCUCGUUUAGCGGCUUAUGAUGACUACGAUGCCGAGAAAAUGAAGCUAUUAGCUCAGCAACAUGCUGAAGAAGCAUUUGCUAAUGACCGGCACAAAACAAAACAAUUUGAUACGUCUGCCGUUUUAAAAAAUAAAAAGGAUGAUAUCGUAAUAAAAGAAGAAGAUAAACCAGAGUCAUUGUUACCACAAAACAAGAUAGACUUGCCGCAACCUUCCAUAUUUCAAGGGACCUUGAAAACAUAUCAAAUUAAAGGUAUGACUUGGUUGGCUAAUCUUUAUGAUCAAGGAAUUAGCGGUAUUUUGGCUGAUGAAAUGGGUUUGGGCAAAACAGUGCAGUCUAUAGCUUUUCUGUGUCAUAUAGCAGAAUGUUACGGUGUAUGGGGUCCUUUCUUAGUCAUUUCUCCAGCUUCUACUUUACAUAAUUGGCAACAGGAAAUGCAACGCUUCGUACCCGACUUCAAUGUAGUUCCGUAUUGGGGUUCCCCGAAUGAACGUAAAAUUUUGCGACAAUUUUGGGAACAAAAAGACCUGCACACUCGAGAGGCGAGCUUUCAUGUAGUGAUCACUUCUUACCAACUAAUAGUAUCCGAUUAUAAGUAUUUUAAUCGCAUCAACUGGCAGUAUAUGGUGUUGGAUGAAGCUCAAGCCAUCAAAAGUGCCACUUCAAUGCGUUGGAAGUUAUUGCUAGGUUUCAACUGCCGUAACCGUUUAUUGCUCAGCGGGACUCCCAUCCAAAAUAGCAUGGCUGAGCUAUGGGCACUGUUGCAUUUCAUAAUGCCCACACUCUUUGAUUCCCACGAUGAAUUUAAUGAAUGGUUUUCCAAAGAUAUAGAAUCGCAUGCUGAAAACAAAACAGGAAUCGAUGAGAAACAAAUCUCAAGACUACAUAUGAUUUUAAAGCCCUUCAUGUUACGACGCAUUAAAAAGGAUGUGGAGAAUGAAUUGUCUGAUAAAAUUGAAAUAAUGGUUUACUGCCCACUAACCAUACGCCAAAAAUUGCUCUAUAUGGCUUUAAAACAAAAGAUACGCAUCGAAGACUUAUUGAAUUUAGCCCGUGGUGGUCAUCAUGGUAGUGGCGCUAGUACAGACGGUCACGUAGAUCGUAAUUUCACUUCAAAUUUAAUGAAUUUAGUAAUGCAAUUUCGUAAGGUAUGCAAUCAUCCGGAACUAUUUGAAAGACGUGAUGUUAAAAGUCCUUUUGCGGUCAAAUGCCAGGAAUAUGUUAUACCUCGCUUAGUAUACGAUGAAAUUUUGCUGUACAGAGCCAUACCCAGCAAACGGCAUUUAUUAUAUAAUCGGUUUUCGAUUUUUAAAGCUGAUUAUUUGCAUCAUUCCUUAUUUAAAGAGCCUCAGACAAAAACUGCAGCAAAAUCUUAUCAGUCUCAACACUGUUAUAAACGCUAUAUAGAUUUAAAUGUUUGCGAUGGAGGAUGUUUCAGUUUUACUCGUUUAUGUGAUUUGUCGCCCAAUGAUAUCGAAGAUGUUACUAUAAAUGGUUUAGUAACUUGCUUUCAGCACUAUAUUAAGAAACUGGCCUUCUAUGAGCUGUUAGCUAAACGUAGACAAUGGUGGUCUGAUUACUACAAUCCGAUGAGGUUCCAAUUAUUGGAGCCCACCUUAGAAAACGUUCUAAAUACGAACUUUUUACCACCGGGCAGUAACUUGAAAAAAUUUCUAUUUACCGCUGUGACGUGCCAGGAAAGUACUGUGUAUGCUUUUGGGGAUUUUCGUACACAAAAUAUUCCAGAAACCAUUGAACAUCGCGUUAUACGCAGCAAAUAUAAACAAAAUGUUGAGGAGGCGGAGAUAAAGAACGAAAUGUUAGAUGAAACUGAAUCAGAAUUAAUAAUGCAAACUGGUGGUGCUGGCUCGAAAAAUAAAUUAACUAAAGAAGCGUUACGUUUGUUGCCAGAAUUUCAUCAUAAAAAGCAUGUCCCUCGUUAUUAUCAAUGCGAGCCCUUGGAAAUGCCAAAAUUCUUAUAUGCUCUAAAUCAAAGAGUGCAAGCUUACAAAAGACAGUUGUACUGUGAAAGUCGUGCGGCUGCUUGGUCACAAAUACGUCACGAACAUUGUGAAAAUCGUGAAGGUCUUGAAUUAGUGGAAAAUGGUUUAAAAUUAUCUGCGCCUGCUUUCGGUUGGUCUUCGAUCAUUAUCCCUGACAAGGAAACGUUAAUAUCCGAUGCCGGCAAAUUGUCUGUCUUGGACAGUCUCUUGACCCGUCUAAAGGCUGAAGGUCAUCGCGUUUUGAUUUAUUCCCAAAUGACUAAAAUGAUUGACCUAUUGGAGGAAUAUAUGUGGCAUCGAAAACAUCGCUACAUGCGUCUGGAUGGUUCUAGUAAAAUAUCAGCCCGUCGUGACAUGGUUGCUGAUUUUCAGUCACGACAAGAUAUUUUUGUAUUCUUAUUGUCCACACGUGCUGGUGGCCUGGGUAUAAAUUUGACUGCUGCUGACACGGUCAUUUUCUAUGAUUCCGAUUGGAAUCCUACAGUCGAUCAACAGGCUAUGGAUCGAGCUCAUCGGUUGGGACAAACCAAACAGGUGACAGUGUAUCGUUUGAUCUGCAAAGGUACAAUUGAAGAACGCAUAUUACAAAGGGCUCGAGAAAAGAGUGAAAUCCAACGUAUGGUUAUAAGCGGCGGUAACUUUAAGCCAGACACUUUAAAACCUAAAGAAGUGGUUUCGUUGCUGCUGGAUGAUGAAGAAAUUGAAACGAAAUAUCGUCAAAAAUUCGAAGUCAAUUGUCCGACAGACAAUCUGAAUAACACUUCAAGUAAGGAGCAACUCUCAGCGAACGAUAGAAAGAAACGAUUGCCGAAUAAACCUUCAACUAUCGCAUCGACUUCUUCUGCUGCUGCAAAUACACCAAAUGUUACUUAUGCAUCAGCGAUCAACAAUAGUACAAAUGAUGAGAUUUCGCACGAAUCAUUAGCCGCAAAGCGACCCAAAUUAGAUGCUGCCUCUCAUAUUGAUGACGACACCUUUGAUGUUGCUGGCACUUCAGAGACCUCAAGCACUUCUUUUGUUGGCAACUCGGCCGUAAGUGAGGCUCUCGUGCCCGGUGCUACCGCUAUUUUGCCAAACGAUGAUUCCGAAAAUGAAACUUUAAUUGUCGACUGUGAAAGUCCUAUGCAGCAGCCGGGCAACGAAUCUCCAACUCUGUUUGAUGAUUUUGGCAGCUUUGGGCAUAUACGACGACGUCAUCAUCCCCGCGGUACUAAACGAGGACGACCACGUGGCAGUACACGUCGCGGUACAUCUACUAAUAGUUCUUUUGUAAGGGCUGCUACAUCACCGGGACAAACGACUUUUGUUGGAUCCAUAAAUAGCAACACCAACAACAACCCCAGCGAAGAUGGUUGUGUGACCACAUCGCAAACAACACCGCAUCCUCUACCAGCCUCUUCUUCCAGCAACGUGGAUGAGAAUAAUAUUUUCACACCCACAGCAGUACCAAUGCCGGUUAAACGAGGCCCCGGCAGACCACGAUUGAAGACUGGAGGACCAAUCAAUCAGGGUCUGAGAGGCGCUCCACGUACGCGCAAACCAAUUGGACCGCUUGUGGUGCCUUUGGGCAGCAGCCCCGCAACUACACCCAUUAAUCGUAGUCCCGCCAUUAGUCCAGCACCAAGUCCGGCUCAUUCAGAACGCGCUGCGAACGCGAACUCAGCCGGAGCUGCUUAUUAUCAAUCAGGAACUGAGAACGUGCAUUAAUGUCGUAAUAUAAUCAUUUUUCCUUUUCUUCCUUUCCCUUGGAGGAAUCGAUUAUUUAUUCUUUAGUGUUAAGGAUAAGCGUAAAGUAAACUGUUCCUAGUUUUAAUAUGACAUAGUUAAGCUGAAAAGUUACAAAGUUUUUUAGAUGCGAUCAUAACAAAAUCGCUUCUUUUUCGUAUUAUAAAUAUAAAAAUUUUUCAAAAUCAAUUUAUCAUAAAAAUAUAUGAAAUUUUUAUUUUACGUGUUCUUAUGUGUAAAACGGUUCUAAACCGUCCAUUAACGACUCAUUUCAAAGGUAAAAUGUUAUAAUUUUUAAAUCAACUUGAUUUGUCGGGCUAACAAAGGACAAUCUCUUUAAAUUCAUUUCCCCAAAUAUUGAGAUUAAUUGCUUUCGUCGACUAUGAGUUAAAAACACAUCAUCUUCAUUCAUGUAUCGUAUGUAUUUAUUUAUUUAUUCGUUAAAUUUAGUCAGCUCCUUCUUCUAUUUUGUGUACUUUUCCUUCUACCGGGUUCUCCUUCAAGCGCACACCGGCGAAGUCAUCCAUACGUAUGAGACAUGCUAUCGCUAUCUGCCGUUUCCGGAAUAUUGCUCAGAAAACCGCCUUCCUUGCAAGGGGAAGGACCCACUCAAUAAAACCGUAAAUAGAUAUUAAAAAAGGUCGGAGUGUUAUGCAGAUACCUUUUAAAGCCCAGUAAA